UUUUCCUGAGAAUCGUUAAGGACACCGUAGAAAAUGUGUUUUGCAACUUGGAAAGGUUUAUGAAUAAAAUGGCUAAUAAUAUGCUGAAUUAUCGAUUUCUACAAGUUGUUCGCGUACCAUGUGUGCAUCGUAUGAUCAAGAGCUCAUCAUCUUUUCUUCCAGAAGUAUUAGGAACUCAAUCAGGAUGUUCCAUUGUCAGAUGCAUGCUGAUCAGACUGAAACAUGGAAGUGGCAGGGGAAGCAGGAGAGGACAGCCUAGCAAGAUAGGUAAACAACGUACCCCAGGACCAAGACCUUCAACCACAACAGAGUUAGUGACCGGUGAUGUUGCUGCAAGUGGUAUUGAACGAGCCACUCAUGAGAUUGAUAAUCAGUACUUUGGUGGUAUCCUUGAUCAUCAUCUUUCCGAGGGUGACCUGCAGAGGGUGCCAAAUGGUGAUUCUGUAUCUAAGAUGACACCUGCUGAGGACCUGAAUGAGUUUGACUCGCAAUAUUUUCAAGAACUUGGCAAGAAGGAUGUCAGUCACAAUGACAUUGGUCAUGAGAGAAGUAGGGUACCAACUGCAGUUAGUAAGUCAAGGAAAGCCACACCAGGAAGAACUAUAAGGGGACAUUUUAUGUUUAAUGAAAUUGACUUGAAAUAUUUUGAUGACAUAAGUUCUAGUUUUGUAUAUGAGAAAACAGAGAGGAAUUCAACAAGUGACCCAACUGAUAUUAAUGAAUUUGAUCAGCAGUAUUUUAGAAGAGAACAUGAACAUGAGAGUAAUCGAUCAACUAAGGUGUCAUCGGAAACCCCUAUGCCUGCAAAAAGGUAUAUGGAUACUUCUCUUUCAGAAGAAGAAAUGUACAAACAGCAUUUAUCAAGGCACACACAAAUCAGCCAGGGAGAAGAAGAAGAGUUAGAAAAGAGGAAGAGUAAAUCAUUUAAAGUACAUGAUCGGCCAACGCAGUAUCAAGAUAUUUCAAAGGACGAGUUUGCGGACCAUAGAGAGGUGCAUCUCAUCACCAAUUCGAGCAUAGACGAAGUCCUUCUGGACAGUAUCCCUCCUGAUUUAAAAGGAAAGCUUCUUGCAAACAGGCAAUGGGAGGAGCAGAAGGAAGAGCUAAGGGUCUCCCACCAUAAUGUGGAGGAUCUGGAGGAGAGUGUUGUAUCCGCUCUUAAAGCUGUGAAGAAAAAACGUAACAAGAAACAGAAACAAAGAAGAUCUAGAGAUAUGAAAGUGUUUGGCAGCGAAGACAAGGGUGUUCCAGUAAGUGAGGUCCCCUGCUCAGGUUGCGGUGCUUACUUGCAGUGUCAGGACAACAGCCGCCCAGGAUUUGUGCCUAGUGAAAAAUUCACAGAACUUGACCUUUCAAAACCAGUGAGUAACUCUGUCUGUCAGAGGUGUUGGUACAUCAUUCACCGUCACACGGCAUUGAAUGUGAGUGUUGCUCAGGACAGCUAUUCGGACAUCAUCAAGGCUGUUCGGAAGAACCGUAGUGCCCUUGUGAUCCUGAUGGUUGACCUGCUUGACUUCCCUUGCAGUAUCAUCAAGAACCUCAAAGACCUCAUUGGAUCCAGUCGGCCCAUCAUGAUUGUAGGGAACAAGCUGGAUGUCUUGCCUAAGGAUGAACCGAAGCAGGAGAGGAGGUUGAAAGACCACCUGUUGACUUCAUGUGUGGAGAUGGGAGUCUGUGAUGCAGACAGGGUGAAGCAUGUUGAACUCAUCAGUGCAAAGUCUGGAUAUGGUGUGGAAAAUCUCAUCACUAAAAUCCUGUCCUUGAAACCCAAGAAAGGAGAUGUGUAUCUUCUCGGCACAGCAAAUGUUGGAAAAUCUACCCUAUUCAACCGGUUUCUGGAGUCAGACCUCUGUAAAGCCAAGGCUUCUGCAUUGAUGGGUCGUGCUACCAUAUCCCAGUGGCCUGGUACCACCCUCAAUCUCCUGCGAUUCCCCCUCCUCAACCCAUCCAAGGAAAGAAUGGCCCAGAGGAUGAUCAGGUUGAAGAAGAAUGCAGAGGAGGUGAAGAUAAAGAAGAAAGAGGAAGAGACAGACAGGUUGAGGAGUAAGCUCAAUGAUGAGGACCCUCAGCUCAUGUCAUAUGUGGAAGGUAAUGUUGGGCAGACAUUUAAGCCCAAGUCACAUGAUGAUGAGGAGAACAAAGGAGAAGAAACCUUGCUCCCAGAGGAAGGGGACCCGUUUGGUAUGACCUUGGGUGUUCCAUCUCCUGCGAGAGCUGUAUCCAAGAAGCAGGAAAUCAAAGUGCCAUUCAGUCCCCUGGAGUUUGCAGAAAGCCAAUGGUUUUAUGAUACUCCUGGUGUACUCUAUCAAGAUCAGGUUUUGACAAAGCUGAGCAGUGAGGAGUUGAAGUUGGUUGUCCCUAAGAAAUGUAUUCAACCUCGUUCUUUGGUUCUUAAACCUGGUCAGACAUUCUUCCUAGGGGGUCUAGGAAGGCUAGACUAUCUGCAGGGAAAAGAAUCAGCCUUUUUCACUGUCUUCUCGAGCCAGGCGCUUCCCAUUAAGGUCGUAGACACACAAGAUGCUGAUGCUGUAUAUGCAGAGAAAGCUGGUUUCAAAACAUUUGUGGUUCCUAUUGGAGGUCGCGAGCGCAUGGAGAAUUUUCCAUCAUUGGUUCCAACAGACUUCACACUCACGGGGAUUGGACGACACAUGAGUGUGGCUGACAUCCUAUUCUCUUCAGCAGGAUGGGCAGCAGUCACUUGUAAUCAAGGAAUGGCAGUUCAUCUUCGUGCCUUUACCCCUGGUGGCCUGGGGUGCAUCCUAAGGACACCUGCUCUCCUACCCUAUGGCUUCUCUUUGAAAGGGACGAGAAGAUCCAAAAAUUCUCCAUUCUAUAACGUCAACAAGCAGAAACUAUUAAUGUACAUGAGAUGAUAGAACCGGAUUCUCUCUGUUAUUACUUUUAAUUUGAGAUGUGCAAUGAUGUCAAUGGGUUCUGCUUCCUAGAAUGUCAUCAAGCAGGACUAUCAGUGGACAUAAGAUGUUGGCACCUCGUAGCUAACGUCUUCCUGAUCUGACUAGAACACCUUAUCAAGUACAAGGAUGACACAUCCUAUGUGGCAUUUCUUCAAGAGUUGAAAGACUGUCUAAGGCAGCCCCCUUGUGAAAUGUAAACAUGUAGAAGCUUUCCACAUGCAUGAUAAGGUGACACCCACUCCCUCCUUAACUUCUUAUUCUGUCUCCACUUCAUAUACCAAGGAUCAAAAUCUCUUCAUAUACAUCAGAUGCUAAAGCCUGCUCUAACUUUUACAAGUUAUCCUUGAGAGAAAAUAAUUGUUUUAUGAGUAUCUUCCUGCAAGUCCUGCAUAACAUGUCCCCUCCAUUAUAAUGCCUUGGAAGAAGAAAAAGUGUGCCAUUAAACAAAAGUUCUUGUGAUGACUCGACUGGGAAUUGAACCCAUGACCUCCCAUUCAUGAGGUGGUCACACUACCAGGGAGCCAUCAUGACUGGUAAAAGAUUGUAUGAAGACAAGCUGUUCGUGUACAGUAGAUGAAGGAAAUCCCUCUUUUUGGAAGAAUGCAUUCAAGCAACAUUGAUGAAAGAAUUGCAUGUAAGUCUAGCUUUAGUGGUUUUUUUUCACAGCUACAUGUUCAUAGUUGAUUAUUAAGGGCUUUUAACCUGUUGGAAACUGGCUAAUUUCGUUAUGCAUUUUCCUUUAUAGACCAUUAGCCAUCAUACAUGAGGGUGCGGUCUCACCAGGACCCCUUCCUGGAUGCCAAUAGAUGACCCAAUGAUAAUAAUAAUAAUUAUAAUAUUUCAAGUAAUGAGGAACAUGAUGGUAAUAAUGAUCAUAUGCUAUAUGUAUGCUGUAAUAAUUAUUGUAAUUAUGUAAUAGAUACUGAUGAUAUUAAUGAUAUAUGAAUAAUUAGAAGAUGAAUUUAUAUUGCACCAUUCAGAAUGUUUAAAUCUGUUUGAGGCAUACAAUUAUUACCCCAGAUGUAGCAGGAUCUUUCUGUGUUGAACAUUUUGAUGAUAUAAAACAUGUUAGUUGUUAACUGUUUUCAUGAACGUAAUGAACAUUCUAUCACAGACUCAUAAAGAUGAAGCAUAAUGAGAAAUGACAUUGGUUGUAAAAGAGAUCUAUGUAAGCAAUAGUGUCAUUUAAUCAAGAGUGAACCAGUAUUUCCUAACUUGGGGAGAGGGCACAAAAAUGUGCAAAAUUCAUUGUUCAACAAUAUGCGACAAGGAAAAAUAACAUUCUGCGCUUCGAAAAACACACAAUUGGGUUGGCUACCCACAAAUCUAACAAAAUAUAUUUUAUGGGACAAUAUUGGGCGCAUCUCACAGAAAGGAAAGUUACUCUCCUUUCCUAAUUAAAGAGGAUGCAUUUGCCCGUGUCCUUCCCCCGUAUUAUAUAGGUCCAUAAGUAAAGUUUGUUUAACAUGCAUGUACUGUAUGUAAAUUCCUAGUUGAAAUACAAGUGAUUUUAAACUUCAAAAUACAGUGAAGAUGAACCAAUAUUGGAGAAAUGAUGUGAUGCAAGGUACAAGAAAUUGAGCCUCUUGACGGACGACAGUAACUUUAAUAAGUAGUGUAUUGUUACUUACAAUAACAAAUACAUGUGAUUGCUAAAAGGACUCCAUGGCCCGUAUUCUGAAGUCGGGUUUAACUUAAACUCAGGUUUAAAGUUGUGGUUUAAGUAUGGAAAGCCAUAAGUAGCAUAAUUUGUAUUACGUUGUAUGUUCCUAAUGUUUACUAUGCUCUUUCCUGAUUCAUCGAUGGUGAAGACAAUCAUCUAUUUAUACUUCCUAGACAAUUAUGAAUAAUUUGA